AUGGCAGAGCUGCGUGCAGCGAUGGACGAGCGGAUGAAGAAGUUGGCGGUGCAGACGGGGGAGACGCUUGCGCUCGUUAGCCAGAAGGUCAACGAGGUGACAGGCUACCGCGAGGUCGAGCGGCUCAAACAGAGCGUCAAGGACCGGGCAGAACAGGAGAUCAAGGAGGGACGAGAGAGCGUGCGCGAGGCCAAGAGGGCAUAUGAGGAGGCGGUUGCGACGCUCUCCAGUACGCAGCAGAGCGUAAAUGCGCUGCUGGAGAGAAAGCACAGCUGGAGUGACCAGGAUGUGGCGACCUUCACCAAGCUCGUGCGCUCGGACCACGCCUCGCGGGCCGCAGUAGCAAGCACCAACGACGCGCUCAAGAACGCCGAGCUGGCCGUCGACAAGGCGUUCACCGGCCUCAUGCAGUCCAUCCUGGAGCGGUACCACGAGGAGCAGGUGUGGAGCGACAAGAUCCGCUCCGUGAGCACCUGGGCACAGGUCGCGGCCCUCGUGGCGAACUUGAUUGUGUUCAUGAGCGCAAUCGCGUUCAUCGAGCCAUGGAAGCGCCGGCGUCUCGUACAGGGCCUCGAAGAGCGGGUGAGCGGGAUGAUGGGGCGCGUCGAGGGCGAGAUCCAAGGACUCGCGGAGAAGGUGGGCGAGCUCGACUCGAAGAUCGCCGCGGCCGCAGUCGCAGCCGUGACCGCCACGCCCUUUGAACCAGUUGUCGACGUUCGUGCGGGCGGCGAGGCGGUGGGUGAGGGCGAGGCGGCGCUGGCCGGCGAGUCGGCGCAGCAGGCUGAGGCGGUCGCUGCCCUCGUCAACAGCCUCCUCGCGGACGCGUUGGAGGGCGACGUCCCGCUCGCCCCGUCGUCGCCGCUAGAACAGGUCGCGGAGGGCGAGUCAUACCCUGCCCGCGCAUUACAGUGGACCGCGGCACAGCUAAGCCACGUCGCUGCGCCGAGCGCCGAGCGCGACCUCGCUGCGGCGGGGUUGCUGGGCGCCGUGGCGGGCGUCGCGGUGCUGGGGAUGUGCUCGCUCGUCGCGGGCCUGCUUAGAUCAUAA